CCGACCCAGGCGCGGGGCUCAGUUGGUUGACUUAACCGUUGUUGCCCGCCCUUCUAGCAUCAAUCAUUUCCAUGGACAGUCGCAACAGUUCACGACCUGCUUCCAACCCUUCCUUGCAGCGUACCGCCUAUCUGGACCUCAUCUCCACCCUCGUUUCGCCCAAGUCAUUUCUCACUCCCUCGCAGCGGCCUAAACCGCCAUCAUUUCACCCCCAACCAUCGGUCGCACAGGAAACCUUCACCACCGCGUCGCCAGCAAUGGACAAGCAACAGCCCAGCUCUUUCCAGCAGCUGGAGAAGCUUGGAGAGGGUACCUAUGCUACCGUUUUCAAAGGACGGAAUCGCCAAACUGGUGAGCUGGUUGCACUAAAAGAGAUCCAUCUAGACUCCGAAGAAGGAACGCCAUCGACCGCGAUUCGCGAAAUCUCUUUGAUGAAGGAGCUCAAACAUGAAAGUAUUGUUUCGCUAUACGAUGUGAUCCACACAGAGAACAAGCUGAUGCUUGUCUUCGAAUAUAUGGAUAAGGAUCUCAAGAAGUACAUGGAUACCCGGGGCGAUCGGGGUCAACUGGACCAGGCAACCAUCAAGUCAUUCAUGCAUCAGCUCUUGAAAGGCAUUGCUUUCUGCCAUGAAAAUCGGGUUCUGCAUCGUGAUCUCAAACCCCAGAACCUUCUUAUCAACAAGAAAGGACAGUUGAAACUCGGGGACUUUGGUCUGGCCCGUGCCUUCGGUAUUCCCGUCAACACUUUUUCCAACGAGGUUGUGACGCUGUGGUACCGUGCCCCAGACGUCUUGCUAGGCAGCAGAACCUACAACACGAGUAUUGAUAUCUGGUCGGCUGGCUGUAUCAUGGCAGAACUCUACACCGGUCGUCCCCUAUUCCCUGGCACUACCAAUGAAGAUCAACUCCAGAAGAUUUUCCGUCUUAUGGGCACACCUUCGGAACGCUCAUGGCCCGGCAUCUCUCAACUGCCGGAGUAUAAGUCGAAUUUCCACGUGUAUGCAACCCAAGAUCUUGGCCUGAUUCUCCCCCAGAUCGAUCCUCUGGGACUGGAUCUAUUGAAUCGGAUGCUCCAGCUUCGUCCCGAGAUGCGCAUCAGUGCCCACGACGCCCUGCAGCAUCCUUGGUUCCACGAUCUCCCUCAGUUGCAGGCGCAGCUGCAGCAACAGCAACAGCAACAGAUGUCCGGGGCAUAUGGCGGGAUGGUUCCUCCCCAGCAAGCGUAUUAGCCAUCAGCAGUCGAGAAUUAUCACUUUCUAUUAUCGCAACUCGUGUUCUGAUUUGUGCUCUGCGGUUAUAUCUUACCUUUGCACCUUAUUGACUUUUUUCAUGAGAUGAAGGACAUGAUGAAGCACUUGGAUUGGUUCUAGAACGGAGAGCGUGGCGUUAUACUUGAAGAAGGGCUCGAUGUGGUGUUCUCUUGUUUGUCCUUGGUUCUCGCAGAUUCCCGUCUUUCUUCCAGCUUAUAUUAGCGUAUGCGAGAUGAUAGCGCCAGUAGAUAAUCACAAUCUACAC